GUUAAUAAUAUACCUGACAAUUUAACUACACGAAAUCAUCCAAUGAAUAUUACAAAUCAAGCUUCCAUUUGCUUCAGUACUUCUAAUACAUUGACAAAUCUUCAUGGAACUGCUACAAGUAUUCAACCUCUUGGAACUAAAGUUGAAAUGGUAUAUUCAUUGUUAUCAAUGUUGGGAACUCAUGGUAAAGAUGAUAUGAGUUUGAAGUUGUUGGAAUUAUCUAGUUCUGUAGAAUGUUGUAUAGCAAUGAGACAAUCAGGCUGUUUGCCAUUACUUAUUCAGAUUCUUCAUGGAAAUCCACAGAAUGAUGAUAAUGUUUCAAGAGAAGCAGAUCGAGAAGCUCGCCGAAAUGCAAGUCAAGCUUUACAUAAUAUUGUCCAUACUCACCCUGAUGAUAAAAGAGGGCGUCGUGAAGCUAGGGUAUUAAGAAUGUUAGAACAAAUAAGAGAAUACUGUAAUGCAAUGAGAGAUUUAGGUGGUCCAAUUCAAAAUGAUGAAAAUGCUAAUAAAGUUGACCAACAUCCAGGACCAUCAAUUGCAGCAUUAAUGAAACUUUCAUUUGAUGAAGAACACAGACAUGCAAUAUGCCAAUUAGGUGGUCUUCAAGCAAUAGCUGAAUUAAUUAAAGUAGAUCAUGAUGUUCAUGGAAAUACCAGUGAUAGUUUCUGUCUGACGUUAAGAAGAUAUGCUGGAAUGGCUCUUACGAAUUUGACAUUUGGAGAUGGUACAAAUAAAGCACUAUUAUGUUCAAUGCGACCAUUCAUGCAAGCUUUAGUAUCACAGCUACAUUCUCCUAAUGAAGAUCUCAGACAGGUUACUGCUAGUGUUCUUCGUAACCUGUCUUGGAGAGCUGAUGCCGAUAGCAAAAAAGCUUUGAGAUCUGUGGGAGUUGUUACUACUCUAAUUAAAGCAGCUAUGGAAGCUACAAAAGAAUCCACAUUAAAAAGUAUAUUAUCAGCACUUUGGAAUCUUUCAGCACAUUGCAGUAACAAUAAAGCUGAUAUCUGUGCGGUAGAUGGAGCUUUAGCAUUUCUUGUUGGUACACUUGUUUAUAAAAGUCCAUCAAAAACACAUUCUGUAAUUGAAAAUGGUGGUGGAAUUUUAAGAAAUAUUUCUAGUCAUAUAGCUCUAUGUGAAGAAUAUAGAGCAGUUUUACGUAAGCACAGAUGUUUACAGACUCUGUUAGAGCAUUUAAAGUCACCAAGUUUGACAAUUGUCAGUAAUGCUUGUGGAACUCUGUGGAAUCUGUCUGCACGCUGUGUUCAGGAUCAACGUAUUCUAUGGGAAUUAGGAGCUGUAAAUAUGUUAAGACGGUUAAUACAUUCACGACAUAAAAUGAUUGCUAUGGGUAGUUCUGCAGCCUUAAAAAAUUUAUUAACUGCAAAAAUACCUGGAACAACUUACUGUUUUAAUAGUAUGUAUGAAUCAGGACAUUUUGGUAUUAAUACACCAUCUCUUCUAGUACGUAAGCAGAGAGCUUUAGAAGCAGAAAUUGAUCAUAAUUUAUCUGAAACUUAUGAUAAUAUUGAUAGUCCAAAAAAUAGUCCCACUCAUAAUGCAAAUCUAGAAAACAGAUUUGCUUUUCAUAGUAUUCAGCAACCAAGAUAUACGGUUUCUUUACCUGGUUGUAUCUAUGACAAUGGUCAAGUUAGAUCACAAGAAGUUACCCGUUCUAUUAGUCAUGAUAGUUUAGGAAGUACACAUUCUGAACCUCUUUAUCCUCAUCUCCAAAGUGGUGCUUUUAGACUUAUUUCAAGAAAUGCAAAAUUUGUUUCACCAGAUCAUAGACAUUAUUCUGUAAAAAUAGCAGAAUGGAAAAAUUUUCAACUGUCUUCUUUUAAAGAUAAUUAUUUGCCCUUUAUAAAGUGUUCAGUUUUGCCAAAUCAGAGUUUACAUAGUAGUAUAAAUGAUGGAAAUUCAAUUAAUUCUGAAUUUUUAGAAAAAGAAAGUGAAGGUAUGAGUUCUUUGAAUGAGUCUAAAUUUAUAAAUAUUGAUUCCAUAAAUAAUUCAAUUGAAGAAAGAAUUAAAUUAGAUUCAAAUGAAUUGAAUAGUCUAGAAGGUGAAGUAGAAACUUCUGAUGAUGAUUCAGAUAAAAGUGAACAAAAAAAUUUAAAUAAUUCUACGUUAGAAGUAUCUACUUAUAAAAAACAAGCAAAUCAUUUAAGUAAAUUAGCUACAAUUGCACAAAAAAUUGAUUUUUUCAAUAUUGAAGAUCAUGAUACUCACGAACAACCUAUUGAUUAUAGUUUAAAAUAUAGAGAAGAAAAUGUGGCCUUAAUUUCUGAUAUUGAAGAAAAGUGUCCACAUCCUAAAAUUGAUAAUUUUAUGUUAAAAAAUAGUCCAGUAUGUUCUUAUAAAGAAUCAUCAUCAUCAGUUGUUAAAAAUGAUAAUAACUGGAAUAAUAAUGAAAUCUGUGUAACGUUGUCAGAAAAUGUCACAAGUGAAAGUUGUAUUAGAGAUGUAACUGAUAAAAGGCCAUUUUCAGAAACUGAUUUUGAUAAUCCUGAUCAACCAACUGAUUUCAGUCAGAAAUAUACUGAACAUAUUGAUCCAUUAGAAUUAUAUCCAUCUCAGACCCAACAUAAAAAAGAAAGUUCCAAACUAUUUAAUUGUUCUAAUACAGAAAUUACUUAUGAUAAAUCUGAAUCUAAACAUUAUACAAAUGAUGAUACAGUUAAAAUUUAUUGUACAGAAGACACACCAUUAAAUUUCUCAACAGCAUCAUCUCUAACUGAUCUCCAAGAUAUACAUUUAUCUGCUUCCUCAGAUACUUGUUUAUGUCUAAAAAGCAAAGACAAACUGUCUGUUAAUGCUGAAAGAGAAGCAAUUUCUUCUUCUGAUUCAAAAGGAACUAUGCCUUUUGUUUUGGAAACAACUUGUAGAAAUUCUAUGCUGAUUGAGCCAACUUCAUAUUGUGAAAAGAAAAAUAUUGAAAAACCCAAUUCUGAUUCUAAGAAAGAAGUAUGUGCUGUUGAAAAAGAAGGAAAAACAGUUACAUUUGGAGAGGAAGUUAAUUAUGCUGAAGAAACACCAUUAAUGUUUUCACGAUGCAGUUCUCUUGGAUCUCUCAGUAGUUUUGAACAACAUUCGAUUCAAGAUGAUCGCAGUUCAGUUAUUAGUGAUUUCAGUCGUCGAGCUAGUGAAGUUGUAUCUCCAAGUGAUUUGCCAGAUUCUCCCAGUCAGACUGUUCCACCUAGUCCACAUAGAGAUAAAAAAAAUAUAUUUGAGUUUAAAGAUUCAACUGCCCUUCCUGAAAAAAUGAUAUGUCCAGAUGAAUCAUUUAAAGAAAAAAGUAUAUUUGAAGAUUCAAAAACAUCAUUUGCUGAAGAAGGAACACCAGCUGAAUUUUCAAGAGCAACAAGUUUAAGCUCGUUGACUAUUGAUGAUGAUCUAAAACUUCCAAAAAACUUGGAUUUAAAAGAUAAAGCUCCAGAAAAUAAAUUUCAUAUAGAUAAACAACUUAUUGAAAAAAGAACAGAAAAAGUGACAUCAGUAGAUUCUGAAAAAAGACAUUUAGAAGAAAAUUCUAGUCAUAGUAGUAGCAAUGAAUUUAGUCCAGUUGGUGAAGAUGAAAAAUCAGAUUUGUCUGAAGCUGAAUCAACUGAAAAUGAUAUGCUUGCUGCUUGCAUCAAUUCUGGAAUGCCAAAUAAUAGUAGUUACCAUAAUGGACAUAACAACAGUAAAUUGAGAUCUAAAUUAAAUAAUCUUGGCAAUAUUUCUAGACAAUUAAGAACAAGCAACUUGCCAUCGAAAUCUAACAAUGUUAAACUUAAUCAGCCUGUUUUGAAUAUUAGUAAACCUAUAAUUUAUUCUAAUAUUCCUACUGCAAAUUCAAAUUUGAAUCUUCAUGCAGGCAGCUUUGGUGACGAUAGUUUAAAAAUAUACAAAACAGAAGAUACUCCAUCCAAUUUAUCACAUGCCACAUCUUUAAGUGAUUUAAGUAAUGUUUCUUGUACAGAAAGUAAUAGAGAUGUAGAGGUUUCAAAAUCAAAUCGUGAUACAUGUUCUGAUAGCAGUUCACUUUGUGAUGAAAAUGAUAAUCUUCUCUUGCAAUGUAUUCAAUCAGGAAUGCCUCAGUCAAAAAAGAAAUCAAAAGAAAUUGACCAUUGUGGAAGAAGUUCAGUACCAGAUGUUCCAUUUAAAUCAAAAUUACCAUUUUUGAACUACAGGAAACAAUCUGAUCCAAAUUCUUUAAAACAGAAUGUUUUGAAUUCGCCUACAGAAUUUAAAUCAAAUACUUUUGCACAUCAUAAAACAUUUGCAAAUCAGAAAUCUGUAAUGAACAAUUGCUGCUUACUAAAUCAAACUUGGAAAAAUAAUAAUGAUGAAAAACAUGCAAAAUCAUCUCAAACCAGAAUUCAUCAAAGGUCACAUUCUGUUACAUCAGUUCAGUCAUUAUCAAAUCAAGGAGACACUUGUACUUUUAAUUCUCUCUCACAAUCAGAUUCUCCAAAAGUUUAUGAAGUUGAAGGAACACCUGUUAAUUUUUCUUGUAAUGAUUCUUUAAGUUCUCUUAGCUGUGAAGAAGAGAGUGAUGUAAAGAAAGAGCACAAAUUUAAAAGAAAAAAUUUAGAUUAUUGUAGUAGAAAAAAUGAGAAAGUUUUGAAAAAUGAAUCUUGGUUGUCAAGUCCUACACAAAUAGCGUGUCUACAUUCUUCAAUACCCGAAAAGUGCAUUCAAACUUAUUCUGAACAAAAAAUAACAAAAAAUCAUCAUCAAAAUGAAGCACAAACUUAUUCUUCAACUCUAAAUCAAGAAAAACAGCAAAAUUCAUUAGAUGUGAAUGAUGUAAAAGGAGCAACAGCAAAUUUUUCCAGGAACAAUUCCUUAAGUUCUCUUAGUGUGGAUUCAACAGAUGAACCAUCUUCAUCAGAACAAGCUCUUUUGGAAGAAUGUAUUAAUAUUGGUAUGCCUAAAGAUAAAUCAGUGAAAGAAAAGCAUGGUAAAAAUAAAUCUAAACAAGGGAAUUUGCAUUCCAAAUUACCUGUAAGAGAAAGUAGUGAUCAAAUGUAUAAAAGCAGUAAGCAAAAAAAAACAGAAGAUAAUAUUAAUAGAGGAUCUGCAUCUUUAGCAAGAGGUACAACGUUCUCAGAAAUAAAUGAGAAAAAUGAAGAGAAAGGAAUGGAAGAUGAGAGAACAAAAGAGAAGCAAAAAUAUACAAACUUUGAUUCUUUCAAUAAAUAUCCAUCGUCAGAAAUUCAGAAAAAAAAUGUAGAAACAAGCUUUAUCGUCCUAACCCAAGAAGAAAACAUAGAUAGUGGAAUUAAUGAAAAUAUUACUGAAAAAUAUGAAGAAUCAGAUCAUAAUACACAUUCAUCUCCCAAAAAGCAUCACAAUAUUGAAAAAACUGAUGAAUGUAGUGAAACCUCAAACAGUAAUCAUGUUUCUUUAAGCACAUCAACAGUAAUAAAACUAGAGGCUCAAAAAGUAGGAGCAGCAAUUGAAGAACUUGUUGAAGAUAUGACCCAAAGCAGUAUUAGUUGCACUUCUGAUAUUGAAAAUGUUAAUCCACCAUCAGUAAUGGAUUUAAAUAUUAGUUUAUCUAGCAACAGCAUGUCUGAAUGGUUUCCAAAUAAAUUAGAUUCAGCUAAAAGGAAUAACAGUAAAAGAUUAUUUAAUAAUACUCGAAAACAUAUUCCCGAAUCUGUGAGACGUGCUUUGGCAGGGAAUUUUGAUGUAAUGAAAAUAAGUUCAAAUUCAGACAUUUUAUGCAAUAUCAAGCCACCUUCAGCAAUGGGAUCAAUAGAAAAUCUUAGCUUAAAAAGUAGUUGUACUUCAGAUUUACUUGAAAAUGUAAAUCCUCCAUCUCUAAUGGAUGAUGUAUCCAUGAUAGGAAGUAGUAUAAGUUUAAACAGUGUAAGUUCUGAUAUUCUAGAGAAUCGUUCUCACAGUACUAACAAUGUUAAAGAUCAUACAAAUGAUAUUUAUGAUCGAUUAAAUGCUGCUGCAGCAAUGGUUGAAAUAUAUUCAAGAGAAUAUACUUCUUUACAUAAUGGUAGUGUCAAAAGUUCUCACAGUUCAGAUAUGAUUGAACAUAUUAAACCACCUUCAAUGACACACAAUAUAACUGAAGUUACAAUUGAAGAUGCAACAGAAUUAGCAUCUGAUACUUUAGAAUCAGAUACUGAAUUAGGUGAAGAUUUACCCUGUGAUGAUGAUACUGGUUCUGAAACAUUAAAAGCACCCAAUAUUCCACCGUUGACUAAAGAUGAAAUAUAUGAAGGCAGUACUGAAAAUUUAAUGAGUUCAUUCAUUGAUACAGAUACUUUGGAAUUCGAAAAAGAUGAAUGCAAUAGCAAUAAUAUAGAAAUGCCUUUACCAAAUAUGAAUAUUACAGCUGAACAAAUGAAAGUGCUUCAAGAAAAUGCUCAAUUAGUUGUCACAACUUUAAAUGAAAUUCAGAUGUCUGGUUCUUCAGAAAGUGAUCCAGAUGCUGUCAAUAGUAAUGAAAUGAUUGAAGAUGAAACCUUAUCUUUAGUAUCAGAUGAAUCUGAUGAUCCUUCUCAAACUGAAGAGAUUGAAACAAUAUCAGAACAAUAUGUUUCUAAAAUGACUUCAAAUAACAUUGAAAAUUCUGAGAUAGUUCCUACAAGUACAGAUAAAUUGAAAGUUUUAAAAACCAAACCUAUAUCACCAAAUGCCUCAUCUAAUGUUGCAAGACUGUCAUUUAGUUCUCAAAAAAAUAGUAAUACUAGUAAUGAUCCAAUUCUUCCUUUAGAAAAAUCUCAAAAGCCAAUAAAUGAGCUUUCUAAAGAUGAAGUAAUAAAAGAAGAGGAGAAAACUAAAAGUGAAGAUCAAAGUUGUCGACCAAAAUCAUUAAUUAAACAAGGAACUUUUACCAAAGAUAAACCAGAAUCCAAUACAAAAAGAAUAUCUAAUAUUUUACAUUCUAAAAUCAAAGAAAAUAAAAUUGCAAUUAAUGAUGAUAAUCAACAAACAGUUAAGAUCAACUCUGUAAAUAAAAUACAUGAGAAAAAGAUUCCUGUAGGACAAACUAGGAUUAGUUAUUUGGCACGACCUUCCGGAAUACAAAAUGCACCCACUAGAACUUAUGAACUUAAAAACACUUAUAAAAGUUUGCAACAAUCAACUGCAAAUCAGAGUGUUGUUAAUACAAAAGAUAAGCCAGACUCUUCCAGAAGCCAGAGUCCUAAUUUAUUGAAUAAUGCUAAUCAUAACGGAUCAUUAGACAAUUGUUCAACCAGUAAUGUCAGUUUAUCUUCUGCAUCGUCAUCUAGUACUCUUCCUGAUAAAAGUCGUGGAAGUGUCAAGAAAGAAGUAGGCAGUAAAGUUGCUUCUAUUUGGAAAAGUAAAAAAUGUUCCAGAACUUAUUCAUCAGUUUCAACAUCCAAUAAGAAACCAGCUGUGUCUUCUCCAGCUACACAAACAACUGGUAACUAUCAAUAUCAAUCAAGAAAAUCAGUGUCAUCAAACAGGUUACAGUCACCAGUUCCUCAUAUUCCAUCUCCACGUGAAGGUUUAAGUCGAAGCUCCACUUACGAAAAAUUAUCAACAAAUGAAGAGAAAACUGAAUGUUCUGCAGAGAAGACAACUGUAAAUAUUUUAAAAAGUAGAACCAAAUGUUCUUUCAGUUGGAAUAAAGGUGAACAAGGAAAACAUUUAGGCGAAACUAGCAAAACAAGAACAAAUACUAAUGUAUCAACUUGCAAAUCUGAACAAGAUUUUUCUAAAGAUUCCUUUAAAAUUCAGCAAGGUUCACCACAAGGGUCCAAAACAAAAAUAUCUGGAAAUCAAUGCAAGAUUCAAAAUUCUUUGCAUUAUAAUCAUUCCAUUUCAAAAAUGAAUAAAAAUGAAAGCAAACCAGUAUCUGCUGUAGUUAGUCCAUUUAAUUAUAAUCCAUCAGCCAUAAAUUCUAAGUCUAAAAGUGAUGUGCCAAGUAAAUCUAUGAUACCUGCACCAAAAAAGAGUACUGGUGUUCGUAAUGCAGUUGGUGGAAUUCGCACAGAAGAAAACGAAGGGAAACGGGUACGAAGAACUUGCCUUGUAACCAUGGUGUGAAAUUAAACUCUUUCCACAUUUUUAAAGUGGUGCUGAAACUUCAAAGAAUUCCAUAUUUUAAGUAAAUUAUAAAAUAAGACUAUUUAUUGUUAUGGUUGGACAACAUAAAAAAACCAUGUAUGUGUGUCUGUCUGUGUUUCUGUGUAACUGCUCACAGUGAACUGAACAUGUAAUAAGAGUGCUCCACAAAGAACUAUAAGUUUUGUUUUUUCAACAAAGAAAAAGGAAAUCAAUGGAUUGUGCGUAUGAAAAUUUCAAUACUCAAAUUUUUCAAGAAAAUGGAUGAAUAGAAAAAUUAUUGUGUGUGUUGUUUAUUAUUAUUAUUAUUAAUUAUUAUUAUUAUUAUUAGUAUAUUUUUUGUUUAAAAGUUCAAAGCAUUAAUAGUGUGCCUGAAUAGAUAAUAUUCAUUUGCUUGAUAAUUUUCCAACAAAGUAUAUAUUUAUAUACAGUAUGUUAUUUUUAACUUCUUAUGUUAGAUGUUAAAAAUUCUUCCAUAGUUGUAUGCAAAUUAUUCAUACAAUUAGAUAUUGACUUCUCCCUCAUAUUUCUAAAUACAUAAAUUAUUACUAUCUGUUAAUGAAUAUUGUCCUGUAAAAAUAUUUUUAUUUUAUAUUUUUAUUUUAUUUGACAAAUGUCAUUGUGAUUGUAAAAAUUACUAUUUUAUGUAUAUGUCUUAUUUAGGAUAAAAUGUAUGAGAACUAGCAUAGAAAAUUUAUCAAAUGCAUUUAUCUUUAAAAUCAUUUCAGAUUUACCUUUAACAAUGAACGUGAAAUAAUAAGUUAAAUUCUUUAAUAUUUGUAUGUGAUAUUCAGCUUUAUAAAAUUUGACAUGAAAUAGUUUGCAAUAAUAAUUUAAAUUUCAAGAUAAUUUUUUAGAUUUUUCCAACAAUACAAUAUACCAUACAAUAUUAAUGAGAAGAAUAUAUAAGAAAACAAAUCUGUCCAUUUAAUAUCAGAAAUUUUCUGCUAAUUAUCAAUAUAUAUUAUAUAUAUGUAUAUAUAUAUACAUACACAUAUAGAAAACUGUAUCAACAUAAAUUUCAAAUCUGAAUAAAAUCUUACGUCUUAGUAACUAAGGAAUACUUUCUUAAUUUUGUAUUAUAAAAUCGGUAUGAGCAGUAAGUUCAUAUAUCACGAAUUAUUUACUGUAUCAAUGAAACAUAGAAACAUUAAUAUAAUUUGAAGUUAUUUAGAAGAAGAAAGUUUCAUUAUGUUAAUAUUUCCAUCUAUUAUAAUUAUUAUUUAACAAAUUAUCAUUGUUUUGAAAGAAAAUUGUAAUAUAAUCCAAUCAUCAACAGUUCAGCAGUUCCAAAUAAUCCAAGCCUCAAAUUCAGUCAAUCAGUAUUUAUAUAUGAAAUGUCUAGUUAAUAAAAAAUAAAUGUAUGUGCACUAUUAUAUAAUUGUUUUUGUGAUUUGUGUGUUGUUUUCAUGUUUCAGAAUUAUUAAUUUACAAAUA